CAGCACCUAGUAGUGCUGCAAUUAUACGGAUCUUUGUCCCGAUCGAAGCUGAGAAUAUAGUUGUCACACGUUGUAGUUCACGGUCUAUGACCAACAAUAUCGGAAUUCUAGAGGAGAUCCAGAGAUGGCUAUUCCCAGAUGGCUCUAGCGACUUUGCGGUUCACGUUUUGCCGAUUCCAUUGGACUUUGACAGUCGGAAGGAGGUAGCGACGACGCUGUUGAAACAAGUAGGGUCGACUAGUUCCUCGACAUCGUCUACUAUCUCUAUUGCCCAUUACAUAGCACAACAGACCGCGGGCUUUUU